UCAACAUCUCGGGGCUGCGCUUUGAGACCCAGCUGAAGACGCUGGCUCAGUUCCCCGAGACGCUGCUGGGGGACCCGCGGAAGAGGAUGCGCUACUUCGACCCCCUGCGCAACGAGUAUUUCUUCGACCGCAACCGCCCCAGCUUUGAUGCCAUCCUCUACUACUACCAGUCGGGCGGGCGCAUCCGGCGGCCCGUCAACGUCCCCAUCGACAUCUUCUCCGAGGAGAUCCGCUUCUACCAGCUCGGGGAGGAGGCCAUGGAGAAGUUCCGGGAGGACGAGGGUUUCAUUCGGGAGGAGCAGCGGCCGCUUCCCGACAAGGAGUUUCAGCGCCAAGUGUGGCUCCUCUUCGAGUACCCUGAGAGCUCCGGGCCGGCCCGAGGCAUUGCCAUCGUCUCUGUCCUGGUCAUCCUUAUCUCUAUUGUCAUCUUCUGUCUGGAGACCCUGCCUGAAUUCAGGGAUGACCACGACUAUGAGGGAACUGGGGGGACCUUUGGGACGGGCGGUGCCCCACUCCCACCUGAAGUCUUCACCAACUCCUCGUCCUCGGCUACUUCCAUGGUGUCAUCCUUCACUGACCCUUUCUUUGUGGUGGAGACUUUGUGCAUCAUCUGGUUCUCCUUCGAGCUGCUGGUCCGUUUCUUUGCCUGCCCCAGCAAGGCCACCUUCUCCAAGAACAUCAUGAACAUCAUUGACAUUGUGGCCAUCAUUCCCUACUUCAUCACUCUGGGCACUGAGCUGGCAGAGAGGCAAGGCAAUGGCCAGCAAGCCAUGUCCUUGGCCAUCCUCCGAGUCAUCCGCUUGGUUCGGGUUUUCCGCAUCUUCAAGCUCUCCCGGCACUCCAAGGGGCUGCAGAUCCUGGGGCAGACCCUCAAGGCCAGCAUGCGGGAGCUGGGCCUCUUGAUAUUUUUCCUCUUCAUCGGCGUCAUCCUCUUCUCCAGCGCCGUUUACUUCGCCGAGGCCGAUGACCCCAGCUCGGGUUUCAGUAGCAUCCCCGACGCCUUCUGGUGGGCCGUGGUGACCAUGACCACGGUGGGCUACGGGGACAUGCACCCCAUCACUAUUGGGGGCAAGAUCGUGGGGUCUCUCUGUGCCAUUGCGGGGGUGCUGACCAUCGCCCUCCCCGUGCCUGUGAUAGUCUCCAACUUCAAUUAUUUCUACCACCGGGAGACAGAAGGUGAGGAGCAAGCCCAGUACAUGCACGUUGGGAGCUGCCAGCACCUCUCGUCCAGCGAGGAGAUGAAGAAGGCUCGCAGCAAUUCCACCCUCAGCAAGUCCGAAUACAUGGUCAUCGAGGAAGGGGGGAUCAACCACAGUGCAUUCAAACAGGCUGCCUUCAAAGCAGGCAACUGCACAACCACAAACAAUCCCAACUGUGUGAACAUCAAAAAGAUCUUCACGGAUGUUUAAAAAAAAAAAAAAAUCCCAAACCAAACAAACAGCAACAGAAACCUGAGGAUGCGGUAAAAUGAUACCAAUAAUGACAAUAACAAUAAUGAUGCAAAGUGACUGUGUGUCGGUGUUGUGUGGAACAUGCACCAUCGUCGGUCUGUGUGUGCCCUCGUUUUUGAUAUGGGUUUUUUUUUUUAGAUCCUUCCUUUCUAAAGAUCCAAAAAUAAAAGGAUUUAAAAUUCUCCAAAGAAGAGGACGGCUAAAGGGUAACGAGACAAGGAAUAUGAAGACAAACCACACUCACUGUCGAAACAGAUGUUCUGCAACGUGUUGCAGGGCAGCUUUGCUUUGUGGGGUUCUGGGGAUCCUCUCGCUUUGCUCCUGAAUUUCCUCCCCCUUUCCCUGAAGGCAGCGUGGAGCCGAUUUCCCUGCCGUCACAUAAGCUCAGUUGUUGGAUUAACAACCCCGGGCUGGGUGGGGGAAUGAGGAAAACAUGUAGCCGAGAGCACUGGGAGGGGGUUGGGAGGAAACAACCGUUUAAUUUUGCAGAGAGUCUCUGUUACCACGUCGUUAAACAAUGCUUUAUAUUGAAUGCUGUGAUGUGCCAUUACGGGCACAUCACAGAUUCCAUUUUUUUUUUUUCCCAUUAGACUGUUGAUGAAAUUCUAAUCUGGUCAGAGACGGAGUGCAAUCAAUGCUGAUUUAAAUAGAAAAAAACCCCAACCCAGAGCCCUUGUUUUUCGUUCUUAGUUCCCUUCCCGUGUCACCUGAUGGAAUUACUC